CCUUCCCCUUUCUCUCUCUCUCUCUUCCCUCAAAAGGGCUUUUCCCCAAUUUAAACUCUUCAAAAAUUCCUCAAUACACAAAAAUCUUUAUCUCGCGUAUGGCCUUUCACACAGCUUGCCCAAUUACCUGUCGAAAGAUCUGCUUCUGCCCUCAUGGGUUUCCGAAGGGUAAAAAUGAGUUCUUUGGAGAUGUGACUAAGCUUGAGGAGUUUCUCAAGGACCCAUGGGGUCUUAAGGCCAAACAACCUGCUACAAUUCAGGUUAAGGUGCCCAAGCUUAAUGUUGCUCCACCUCCACAGGCGCCUGUAGGUGAUGGGGGUGGUGGAAGCGGCGGGGAUGGUGAGGAGGCGGCUGCUAUUGCUUCAGCUCAGACUAAGCGUGUUGCUUUGCAGAAGAAAGCUGCUGCUGCAUCUAUGGUGGCUGAGGAUUUUGCUAGACGAUUUGAGUCUGGUGAUGUGGAGGGCUCCAUGAAAGAUGUUGGUGGAGAAGAACAGGGUCUAUCGAAUGUCAAAGUGAUGUGUAGGUUAUGCUUUUCCGGUGAAAAUGAAGGAGGUGAAAGAGCAAGGAAAAUGAUGUCAUGCAAAAGUUGCGCGAAGAAGUAUCACCGAAACUGCCUGAAAGCUUGGGGUCAACAUAGAGAUCUCUUCCAUUGGAGUUCAUGGACAUGCCCGUCAUGCCGGCUUUGUGAGGGCUGUCGAAGAACUGGAGAUCCAAACAAGUUCAUGUUUUGCAAAAGGUGUGAUGCAGCUUAUCACUGUUACUGUAUGCAGCCUCCACACAAGAACGUCAGCAGUGGGCCUUAUUUAUGCCCCAAACACACGAAGUGUCACAGCUGUAGUUCUAAUGUUCCAGGAAACGGACUGAGCGUGAGGUGGUUUUUAGGAUACACUUGUUGUGAUGCCUGUGGAAGAUUAUUUGUGAAGGGAAACUACUGUCCUGUUUGUUUGAAGGUAUAUAGAGAUUCUGAAUCAACACCUAUGGUCUGUUGUGACAUUUGCCAGCGCUGGGCGCACUGCCAAUGUGAUGGCAUCAGCGAUGAAAAAUAUUUGCAGUUUCAAGUGAAUGGAAAUUUGCCGUAUUCAUGUCCAAAAUGCCGCGGAUAUAGUUAUCAGUCCAUAAAUCGUGAGAAUGCUGUUCAGGAGCUUUGGAGGAGGAGAGAUUUAGCUGAUAGGGAUUUAAUUGCAAGUUUGAGGGCAGGAGCUGGGUUGCCAGUUGAAGAUGAAAUGUUUUCUAUUUCACCCUUUUCAGAUGAUGAAGAUACUGCUCCUGUAGUAAAAAAUGAACAUAAAAAAUCCUUGAAAUUUUCUCGUAAAGGUUUAGUUGACAAAUCUCCCCAAAAGAGCAAGGACUAUGGAAAGAAAUCUGGUAAAGGGAAGGGGUUAACUGGACAAAAUGAAGGACAUCCAGAUGCUCCAUCUGGUGGAUAUAGUGCUGGUGAUGUCAAGAAUGAUGAAUUGCAGGCUUAUGGGGAACUAGAUAGCUUUUCUUCUCCUGCUGCUAGCUUGACAGAAGGUAUAUGUUCAUUUAAUAUGGCAGGGGUCAUAAAGCACAAAUUUAUAGAUGAGGUUGCUGGAAACACGGGUAAGAGGACAGUCCAAAGGAAAGGUAGCAAGCCUCAGCGUUUGGAUGGGGAUGAUGUUGGAAUUCAAACAAGCAUGCCAAAGACCUCCAAGGAGCCAAAAGGUGUUAUUCAUUUGGGCUCGCUGGAUAAAAAUAUAGCAGGUUCCCCGAAGUCCGAUGCUUCAAGCUGUCAGAAAGAGCAAGUUUUGACUACUUCACAUGGUUAUAAGGAUCUGGUUCAGCUCAGAGAGAAUGAGAACUCAGAGAGGAAUGAGACUGCGGCAACACUUGGUGGUGGAAAAGAAAGUAACUUAAUAGAGAUCACGAAAGUUAGCUCAGAAGCUACUCAUUUCCCUGCCAAAGUUGGUGGAAAAUUUGCCGAUGGGUCUAGACCUUAUCCUCAACUCAAGACUUCUGGUUAUGAGGAUCUGGUUCAGCUGAGAGAGAAUGAAAACUCAGAAAGGAAUGAGACUGCAGCUAUACUUGGUGGUGGAAAAGAAAGUACCUUAAUAAAGAUCAAGAAAGUUAGCUCAAAAGCUACUCAUUUCCCUGCCAAAGUUGGUGGAAAAUUUGCCGAUGGAUCUGGACCUUAUCCUCCACUCAAGACUUCUGGUUAUGAGGAUCUGGUUCAGCUGAGAGAGAAAGAAAACUCAGAAAGGAAUGAGACUGCAGCUACACUUGCUGGUGGAAAAGGUCAUGAGGAUCUGGUUCAGCUGAGAGAGAAAGAAAACUCGGAAAGGAAUGAGACUGCAGCUACACUUGGUGGUGGAAAAGAAAGUAACUUAACAAAGAUCAAGAAAGUUAGCGCAGAAGCUACUCAUUUCCCUGCCAAAGUUGGUGGAAAAUUUGCCGAUGGAUCUGGACCUUAUCCUCCACUCAAGACUUCUGGUAAUGAGGAUCUGGUUCAGCUGAGAGAGAAUGAAAACUCAGAAAGGAAUGAGACUGCAGCUACACUUGGUGGUGGAAAAGAAAGUAACUUAAUAAAGAUCAAGAAAGUUAGCGCAGAAGCUACUCAUUUCCCUGCCAAAGUUGGUGGAAAAUUUGCUGAUGGAUCUGGACCUUAUCCUCCACUCAAGACUUCUGGUAUUUUAGGAAAAAGAAGCAAUGAUAGUAGUGUUAUUACAAAGGCUGGAUCUGAAGUUCCUGCUACAAGGGACAACAAAUUAGCUUCUGUUAAACAUGUCAAAGCUUGGCUCGCUUCUUGUGAUGAGCUGAAUGAAGAAAAAAAUGGCUCACCUUCAUUAUCUAAUUUACCGAGAAUGGAUCCAAGACCUCUCCAAAGGCCCAAGUUCAAGAAUCCUUACCAUGAAAGUCAAAAUUCCUUGGCUUCUCCAGGAGAGGAGGAGAAAAGCAUGGAUAAGGGCCACGAGUCUAAAAGAAUGAGAUCGCCAGCUUUUGAAGAAAAAGCAUCGACCAGGUCUGAUGAUAAUUCAUCACGGCGAUAUGAAGACAUUGAUGACUUCUUGGCUGAUAAAUGGAUACUGCAGAAGUUGGGACAAAAUGCAAAAGGAAAGAGAGUGGAAUUUCAUCAUCUGUUUGAUAAUACCUGGCAUAGAGGGACUGUCGUAGAAGUCUUUGAAGGCUCAUCUGUUGUGUCUGUUGCUCUUGAUGAUGGGAACAUGAAGAAGUUGGAACUUGGAAAGCAAGGAAUUCGUUUAAUAUCUUCGAAGCAAAACUGUUGACUGCUAUUAAAAUUGGUUAUUAGAUGCAGCGUAUGUUGCGACUUUUGAUGUCAAGGGCAUGAGCAACUGCUGAUUCCCAGAGUUGUUCCUCUUUGGUUGACUCAAAGGAAGUAACUGAUCGUUGCAGGUUAAAAUUUCAAGGUUACUGCACCCUGCAUUGUGUGUUUGCUGCUUGUUAUCUAACCAUUGGUUACCAGAUUUACAUGUAAGGCGUUGGUUUGAUUCUGUUUUAUUGUCACCUUUUGUUUUCCAGUUUAUAGAUUCUCCUUUUGAGCCUUUUGGUGGCACUUUAAAUUAAUCUUGUUGAGUUUGCAGUUUUAAUGUAAAAUUUCUAGAGAUUACAAAGUUCUGCUCUUACUGGUAUUAACUCAGAAUAGAUGUCGUUGUUAUACUAUAAUAUAUAUAUUAUAGCCAGCUGAGCUCUUUUCAAUAUGAA